UCCCUGGCCGCUGUUUGGGUGUUAAUUUUCUUACAAAAUAUUGUAAUAUUCUUACAAAUUGCGGCAAAGUUUCUUUCUGCAGGCUUUCUACAAUCCCUUGCCAAGUUACUAUCAUGAGUGCGAACGAAGAUGCACAGCGCGCCGAUUCACCGGUAGAGGACGAGGAACGCCCGCCGGGGGCCGGCCAAGUGGAGGACCAUGAGAUCGUUAAGAUGGAGGACGUGACGAUCGAUCCGGAGACGACGGAGGUUGAUCUGAACCACGGUCGGAUUGCCAAGAUUGAGAAUCUGGAACCGCUUACAAAACUGGAACGACUCUGUUUGCGAUGGAAUUUGAUUAAGAAAAUUGAGAAUCUUGAUCAUCUCUCAUCGUUGGUGGAGCUGGAGCUGUACGAUAAUCAAAUCACGGAACUGGAGGGCCUGGAUCAUCUGGUCAAUUUGGAGGUUCUGGAUGUUAGCUUUAAUCGGCUGCGGGACAUCAAAAAUCUCACAGCAUUGACCAGCCUCCGGAAGCUGUUCCUGUGCGCCAAUCGCAUUACACUGAUUGAGAAUUUGAACCACUUCACCGGCCUCACCAUGCUGGAGCUUGGCGACAAUAAGAUUCGGAAAAUCGAAAAUCUCGACACGCUGACCAACCUAACCCAUCUCUAUCUCGGGAAGAACAAGAUAUCGAAAAUUGAAAAUUUGGACAAAUUGGUUAAACUGGAAUGCCUGAGUUUGCAAUGCAACCGAGUGACGAAACUGGAAAACUUGGAUUCCUUGGUCAAUCUUACCGAGUUGUACGUGUCGGAGAAUGGCAUCGAGCAGCUCGAAAACCUGGAGCACAAUAAGCUUCUCGAAACGUUGGACGUGGCGAAGAAUCGCAUUGGCGCAAUCGAGCACAUUGAUCACCUGCAGGAGCUGGAAGAGUUCUGGAUGAACGAUAACGGGGUGACGGAGUGGGCGAGUGUCGAACGGCUGGGGCAGAACAAGAAGCUGGCCACCGUCUAUCUGGAGCGGAAUCCCGUCGCCAAAGAUGUCAACUACCGGCGAAAGCUGAAACUGGCCGUGCCUUGGUUGCAGAAGAUCGACGCCACGCUCUGUCGCUGAAGCGGUUUCUGGUUGGCUACUUCAGAUCAAAUAAAGAUUACAA